AUGAUCAAGUCAUUUAGAAGAAAUAAAGGGCUGUCGCAUAGUUCUGGUUCGCCAAAGCACUCGAUUUCACGAGUUGGAUCGUCGCAUUCGGCCAAUACUAGCUUUGAGAGUGCUGAUUUACAGUCACCAAAGAAGGUAAUCAAGGCGCUAUAUGAUUAUCAACCACAAGGACCAGGGGAAUUGAAAUUUCUGAAAGGAGAUUUCUUUCAUGUGUUGACGGAUGGAGAAAAUAAAGAACAUGAAAGUAAUGGGUGGUGUGAGGCUACGAAUCCGAUGACAAAUUCGAAGGGGAUGGUGCCAAUUAGUUAUUUUGAAGUAUUCAACAGAUCUAGACCUAUGGAGGCCUCCAGUACUUCCUCUCCACAACAAAAGGCGCGUACACAAAGAAAUUCUAACCAGACUUUGUAUGCUGUUACUUUAUACGAAUUUAAGGCUGAAAGAGACGACGAGCUUGACAUCAUUCCAGGCGAGAACUUGAUUAUAUGUGCCCACCAUGCAUUUGAAUGGUUUAUUGCAAAACCAAUUAAUAGAUUAGGGGGACCUGGCUUGGUACCUGUUCUGUAUGUCAAAAUUAUAGAUUUAGUGAAUCCACUGAAUUCUCAGGAGAAUAAUGAUGAUAUGGUGAAAGUUAUAAACGAUUUCAAAAUUCCUACUGUCGAAGAGUGGAAAGACCAGACAGCCAAAUAUCAAGCGUCGACUAUUCCAUUGGGCUCUAUAUCUAACCAAGCACCACCUGUUUCGUCGCAUACUCAAUUUUUCCAAAAAGAAGCACAAGAUGCAUCAGAAUCUAAUAGAUCGUCAUUAAGUUUAACAAACACUUCUAUAUUAGAAGCAACAGUUGACUCAUACCAAUUAGACCAAGGCCGUUAUCAAUAUUUAAUCAUCGCAAAGUUGAGCAACGGUAAAACACGUUAUUUAUAUCGUUACUACCAGGAUUUUUAUGAUUUGCAGGUGAAAUUAUUGGAAUUGUUUCCAUAUGAAGCUGGAAAAAUCGAAAAUUCAAAGAGAAUUAUCCCAUCUAUUCCAGGUCCUCUAAUCAAUGUGAAUGAUAGUAUCUCGAAGUUAAGGAGAGAAAAAUUGGAUUACUACUUAAGGAAUCUUAUUGCUUUACCACCUCAUAUUUCAAAAUCAGAAGAGGUAUUAAGGUUGCUAGAGGUUCUAGAUAAUGGAUUUGACAAAGAGGUUUCGGAUACUAAAAAGGAGAGGAGAUCUCUGAAACCAAUAAGUCAAAAGUCAAAUUACCAACAGGAUAGAAUGUCUCAAUACUCAACUUUCCAUAAUCCUUCAAGUACACAAAACAGAUCAUCAUCUACACCCACUUCUUCUGACUCAGUAUUAAACCGCUCCUUGUCCUCGUCAUCAACUAACCUUAUGAAUUCUUUUGCUAGUACUGGUACUGGCUUGGAAACUAGUACAGGACAUCCGGCUCCAUAUUCCAAUGGCGCAGAACCAAAACAAGGAAAAGUAAAGGUUAAGUUCUAUUAUGAUGACGAUAUAUUUGUCUUAUUGUUACCUACUAACUUAAGAUUACGAGACUUAAAAUCAAAAUUAUGUAAAAGGUUAAGCUUGCAUGAAUCAACAAGACUUGAUUCAAAUGAUAUAGUGCAUCUAUUCUUGAAGAAUGAUUACGAUGAUUUCUUGAAUGAGAAUGAUUCUGCUAAUGGGGAACUUCUGGAAACCAAUAAACUCAAAUUGUCUACUUUUGAAAUUAAUGACGAUGAGAAAUUUCAAAAUGUAUUAUACGAUAAAUGCAAGUUAACGAUUCUUGUUUGA